AUGGCAGUCAACCGGAUACGCAGCGCCUUUGCGGUGCCUCGCAAGGGCGAGACCUUUGAACUCCGCGCUGGGCUCGUGUCGCAGUACGCCUGGGAGCGCAAGGAGUCAAUCCAGAAGACAAUCAUGGCCAUGACGCUCGGCAAGGACGUUUCGCAGCUCUUUCCCGAUGUGCUCAAGAACAUUGCUACUGGUGAUCUGGACCAGAAGAAGCUGGUCUACCUCUACCUCAUGAAUUAUGCCAAGUCGCAUCCCGACCUCUGCAUUCUGGCUGUCAACACGUUCGUACAAGACUCGGAAGAUCCAAACCCACUCAUCCGAGCUCUCGCGAUCCGAACAAUGGGUUGUAUCCGUGUCGAUAAAAUGGUCGACUACAUGGAGGAACCACUCAGGAAAACACUACGAGACGAGUCCCCAUACGUGCGCAAGACGGCGGCAAUCUGCGUAGCCAAAUUGUUCGACCUCAACCCUACAAUGUGUAUCGAGAACGGCUUCUUGGAGACACUUCAAGAGCUCAUCGGAGACCCCAAUCCAAUGGUGGUUGCGAACUCGGUGACCGCUCUUUCGGAAAUCGCAGAAGCUGCGCCAGAGACGAGAGCGCUGGUAAUCACGUCGCAGACGCUCAAGAAGCUCCUUAUGGCCCUCAACGAGUGCACUGAAUGGGGCAGAGUCACGAUCCUGUCUACCCUCGCGGACUACCCGCCCACCGACGUGAAGGAGUCCGAGCACAUUUGCGAGCGGGUGACGCCUCAGUUCCAGCAUGUCAACCCCAGUGUCGUCUUGGCCGCUGUCAAGGUCGUCUUUAUACACAUGCGACUCAUUAAUGGCGAGCUUGUGGCCCAAUACCUUAAGAAGAUGGCGCCACCGCUAGUCACCCUGGUUGCUUCUGCGCCUGAAGUGCAAUACGUCGCUCUGCGAAACAUCGACCUGCUCCUCCAGGCGAAGCCAGAUAUCCUCAGCAAAGAACUGCGCGUCUUCUUCUGCAAGUAUAACGACCCGCCGUACGUCAAGAUGCAGAAGCUGGAGAUCAUGGUCAGGAUAGCGAACGACAAGAAUUAUGAGCAACUGUUGGCAGAACUCAAGGAAUACGCCCUUGAGGUCGACAUGGACUUUGUGCGGAGAGCCGUCAAGGCCAUCGGACAGGUCGCCAUCAAGAUUGAGAGCGCUAGCGAGAAGUGCGUCAAUGCACUGCUGGAUCUGAUCGCUACCAAGGUCAAUUACGUCGUGCAGGAGGUUAUUGUUGUCAUCAAGGACAUCCUGAGAAAAUACCCAGGCUACGAGGGUGUUAUUCCCACACUCUGCCAACAUAUUGAUGAGCUCGACGAGCCGGAAGCACGGGGCUCUUUGAUCUGGAUUGUGGGCGAGUACGCAGAGAAGAUCAACAACGCCGACGACAUCCUGGCUAGCUUUGCCGACACUUUCAUGGAGGAGUUUACGCAAACUCAGCUCCAAAUCCUCACAGCAGUAGUCAAGCUCUUCCUCAAGAAGCCCGGCAGCAACCAAGGCCUUGUCCAAAAGGUGCUACAGGCUGCCACGGCCGAGAACGACAACCCUGAUAUCCGCGAUCGCGCAUACGUCUACUGGCGUCUGCUGUCGGGCGAUCUCGACGUUGCCAAGAGCAUUGUGCUUUCACAAAAGCCUCCCAUUUCAACCACCAUGACCAGCCUGCCGCCUGCUCUGUUGGAGAAGCUAUUGACUGAGCUGUCGACCCUGGCCUCUGUGUACCACAAGCCUCCGGAGUCCUUCGUCGGAAAGGGACGUUACGGCUCAGACGCCAUUCAGCGAGCCGCCAUCCAGGAGCAACGCCAGGACGCAGCCGAGAACCCCAUUGCGGCCUCCGUCGCGGCAGCCGCUGCUCAGAACGGUGGAUCUGCUCAGAACAACAUCGAGAACCUUUUGGACAUCGAUUUCGACGGCGGCGCUCCUGCUUCGCUGGAGCAGAACUCUGCUUCGGCCACGCCAGACCGUGUAGCCAGCCCUUCGGGUGGCGCAAGCAACAUGCAGGACAUGAUGGGUCUUUUCGACGCGCCAGCACCGCAACAGUCAGCCGCAAGCGGCGGGUUUGGCGGCGGCGACGACCUGAUGAACGGAUUCGCUGGGCUGGACCUCGGUGGUUCGACCCAACCGCCGCCUGCGGCACAACAGCUGCACAACAAUGCUGGAGGCGCACAGCAGCCCAAGAAGGACAGUGAUGACCUGCUUGGCCUAUUCUAA